AUGCAGGUCGUGCAUAGAUGUUGCCGGGAACGGAUGGCAUGCGAGACCAUAGAAUUUUACGACCCAGGAAUUUCGCGUGUGCAGAGUGCAUGUGGCAACAAUCCGAAUUCUGAUGGCCACGUGCCGAUGAAGAAAAAUCGUCGAAAGUGCGACAUUGCAGUUUUCUCCGUUCGGGUGCCCAGCAACUAUGGGUCAACUACUGAUAUGUGA